AGGAAAUCCCAGCCUGAGACUACACGUUUCGACAAGUGCACUUCCUCAUCCUCUCGCUGCUUCGUCGUCUCUGACAACAGUUGUUUACACUUCCUGCAUACGCUGCGGAGGAACGAAGCCGUCGUCACGUAGCGUUUGACAAGUUGUAACGUUAAAAAAACUGGAUUCGGGGAUUUAAAAGAUUUCAGUCAUCUGCUCGGCCGAGACCAAUGGACCCGACGUCACAGCAGGCGCAGGUGAAGUCGGCGCAGCAACUGUCUCCAAACGCAAGACGGAGUUUCAGCUUUUCAUCUCUCCGCAUAAAAAAAAGGCACAACAGUACUGAGGAGGGCGGGUUCACACGGCGGAGAGGGUUGCUGUCUUUCUCAUCCGUACGUGAGACAUCGACAAAAGACUCAGUCCGAGAUGAAGACGGUGCGUCACAGCGUUACACAGAUGGAGCUGGAUGUGGAGCCGCGAUCCCGUCCGGACCCGAUGAAGGUGAACAACAGGGAGCCUUCAAGCGCUUCAGUGCCCGGUUCCCCUCCUUCCGCAAAGGCAAAAGAGACAAAGUCAAAGACUGUGAGGCGGCUGAGCAGCUGGGCCCGGGGGGGGCAGCAGACAACGGCCCGGGGGCGGACGGCGGGUCCAGGCAGCACCGCUACGCCAGCGGCCAGUACUUCUUCGAGUAUCUGGUGGUGGUCAGCCUCAAGAAGACCAGAGACGGCAGCAGCUACGAGCCCCAGAUCACUUACCAGUUCCCCAAGAGAGAUGGGAUGGCCAAAUUUCAGAAGGAGGAAGAGGAGAAGACACUAAAGGCGCUCACCCUCUUCUGUUUCCCAGAGGGCAUCAGCUGGGCUCCUCUGACAGAAUAUCACAGCGAGACGUUCUCCUUCGUCCUGACGGAGGUCGACGGCAGCAGAAGAAACGGAUACUGCAGGAGGUUACUGCCGGGAGGGAAAGGAGCGCGCCCCCCCGAGGCCUACUGCAUCAUCAGCACCCUGGCUUGUUUCGGCCUCUUCUCCAAGUUUGGGACGAGGGAGAAGCGGCGGCAGAUCUCCAUGGCGGUGAUUUACCCAUUCAUGCAGAAGCUGGGGAGGCUCCGUCCCGCCCCGGGGAACACCGUGGGAUUAAAACCCCAGAUCAUCAGUCUGACUCGGCCGUUGGACUCCUGGCUGGAGCACGUCAACUUCGCCACGCUGUUCAACUGCCUGACCGACGCGGAGGUUUUGCUGGUGUUUGCUUCCGCCGUCCUGGAGAGACGGAUCGUCUUCAUCGCUGAUGAACUGGGCACACUAUCCCAGGUCAUCCACGCGGUAGCAGCCCUGCUGUACCCCUUCACCUGGCAGCACACCUUGAUCUCCAUCGUCCCGGAGAUCCUGAUCGACGUCGUCAUGGCGCCCACGCCCUACCUGCUGGGGAUCCAGAAGCGCCUGCUGGACCAGGUCACCGACCAGACUGACCUGCUGUUGGUCGACUUGUCCGAGGAUAAAAAGGAGACGUUUAUUGUUUCAAUUGGUGAUGAAAGCUCUAUUCUGGGCCCCCCAAGCCCAACCAAAUACUAGAGGGCUGAUAGACAAAAGGGGUUUUAACGGUGGAGGGAAAAACCGGUGGUGUCGGGGGCCUUCCGAUUCUUUGUGAAAGGCGG